AUGAAGUUUGAGCCUCAUGCUGAAGGAAAGUUUGAGCCUUAUACUGCAGUGAAGUUUGAGCCUCAUACUGCAGUGAAGUUUGAGCCUCAUGCUGCUGUGAAGUUUGAGCCUCAUGCUGCUGUGAAGUUUGAGCCUUAUACUGCAGUGAAGUUUGAGCUUAAUACUGCAGUGGAGUUUGAGCCUAAUACUGCAGUGAAGUUUGAGCCUCAUACUGCAGUGAAGUUUGAGCCUCGAUGA